AUGUUGCUUCCUGUUGUACCACCAAAGAAUCCACGGCCACAGUCAACUCGACCGAUGAUGGUAGCUUGGACCCAUCAAGGUAUCAAGUUACGGCCUUUCUGCCAAGAGCUGACGCAGGUGCGCUUCCUCGGCCUCAUUGGUGAUGUUCGUGGGCUCAUGAUUGCAGAUUUAUCAAAAGCCAACAACAAGGGCCAAUUUCCCAGUAUUGACGGAAGGCCAGUUUCCACAUCUAGGGGAAUUGGCCAUGACAUUGUGAAGCUGUUCAAAUCUUACGUUCGUGCUGCCAAUUCGAAGAGCAAGGGACCCAAAUCAGUCAGCGAUCCAUUUCUUUGUCUCCAGCUGAAGUGUCCCUUGGGAAGUUACGACGUUAAUAUCGAACCUGGAAAAGACGAUGUGAUAUUUGAGGACCGGGAGCUUGUGUUUGGUCUCAUCGAGAAUGUCUUUGCUGACCACUAUGGCGCUCUGCCAGAUGCGGCGACCAAGAAUUCAGCCAGAAAGACAGCAUCUUCCAACCACCCAGAGGGCAAUGCGAGUUUCGACCUGCUUAUGGCUCGGAGACCUGCUAAAACCUCUCAGAUAAUGUCUAGUGAUGAACUUCCCGUCACUGAUGUCCCGCUCAUCACUAGCUGUGCAUCCCAGAGGCCUUCGCAUUCCCCUGCCGUGGAAUGCCCAGAGCAGACGCCUAUUAAUGGAAGUCGCACGAAGGAGCUGGAAGCCAACUCAGUCUCCGAGGGUAGAACUUCUCGCCAUAUUAAUCCAUGGUCGAUAUCACGGAUCAACGCUUCGUUUCCAGCCCCAGACAGUGGACCACAGAACAGCUUAACAACCACCCGACAGGCACCCAUGCAAAGACACACGCCACAGAGACCAACCUUCAGCUCGUCACCUCAGAUCUCCGAAAUCCCUAGUCCAGUUCUGUCUAGACUGACUCCUGUGUCUCCGCUGAAUCGUCGUCAACACCCCCCGACUUCUCACGAAUCCCCACUCCAGCCCCCUCCAUCAAUCAGUGCUUCCCGAAGGGCGGCCCGAGAAAGAGAUAAGGAGCGUUAUGGCAAUGGUGCCCUCGAUACUUGGUUCCAGUGGACUACGCAGGCAUCACUUGGUCAGAGCUCAAUGGAAGUUCCGAUAGAGCCUGAGGAGGCCGUUCCAACCCUCUCCCAGCUAGCCGAACAGCGGUUCAAUCCGGUACCAGAUGCACCAACAAUUACGCCAUUCUCGGCUCUUCCACCAAGGGAGCAAACGCCCGAACUCCCCUCCCGGCAGAUUAAUGUUCUUGUCUCGCCAGACAGAGAUCACCACGCCAGACAAAUAGAUAGCGGUCGCGGGUUCCCUGUUCUCGAGAAUUGGGCCGCCAGUAUUCACGAAGGAUUCACACCCGAAAGCUCUUCUGAGCUGGAGAAGGCGCUGGAUUUCGAACGAAGGAAGCGAGAGGCCAAUCAAAGACAUCGCACUCAGUCGGGACGGUCAAAUCCAGGGACGAGAGCUCCCACAUCAAAAUCUCCACACCACAACCGGCAUCUUGCAGCCAAAGCAGCGUGGACAGCGGACAGCACUGAGAUGGAGUCGCCGUCUGCCAAUGCACCGUCCCAGGGCGAUCCACGAGCGUAUCUUAUAUCGCUUCAGCUCGACCAGCGGUCCAAUAAAUCAUCUGACGAUUCGGGAACGGUUCGGCGGACACGAACCAGUAGGCUACCCCUUGAACGCAUCCCGGAGGGCCUGGAUCUUCACAAUCUUCAACUACCCGUGAAGACUAGUUCCUCCGAUAUUCUCAAGUUAUUCAAUAUGACGGUUCACCAUGAUAGCUAUAUUCAAUGUGGAGAUGAGUCCGAGUCAUUGUUACUGUCCGAUGUGACCGAACUGAUCCCAUCCUGGAAUGAGAGACUCAGCAUGAUCAUCAGCAAAAGCUACAAGACGAACGAGCAUUCUCAAAACUCGGGUUUAUGUAUCGAUAUUAGUACGGUCAUUGCAGAUCUCAGCAGACAAUUUCGAUCAGCUGAGAGCCAAUCCGCAUAA